AUGCAGGAGGAGGAUAAGGUGUGCAGAGUGGCCUGUCACUGUUUGGGUACUGGGGUGAAAAGCCUAAUAGGCUCGCCAGGCUACCUGGCCACUCAAACUGCCUCUUUGUUCUCCAGCUUCUUGCUGUGGAAGUUCUCAAGGGCAUUCGGCUCCUGCAAUCCAUCAAUGGUCCAGCAUCAAUAUAAUAAGGGGGACCCAGAUGAUACAAUACAGCUUCUCAGUGUGGCCAUGGAAGUUACAAAGGACACUUGGCUCCUGCAAUUCAUCAAUGGUCCAGCAUCUGUUUGUUGGGGAGUCCCAGGUGAUACAACACAGCUUCUCUCUGUAGCUGUGGAAGUUCUAAAGGACACUUGGUUCCUCCAAUCCAUCAAUGGUCCAGCAUCAGUUUAUUGGAGGGUCCCAGCUGAUACAAGAGCACCAUCAGACCGAUCCUUCCGGGAAGUGCUGCUGGGUGAAAUCUCGGCAAUAGGACCACUUCAACGAUAUCAUAACUGCCGGGAGAACCGCCGUUUCCGGAGACUGAAGCGUUCGGCGACGGAUGAGGAACUCGGAGGGCGAGACGGGGACCCCGACUCCCGAAGCUCACCAACGGGCAUUUGUUUCCCGAGGCCGGUCUCCUCGGGUUUUGGUCGGGAGGGGCGGAGGAUGUCCAGUGACAACCGAUCGGCGUCGGUGGACCGACGCUCCGGCCUCGUCCAUCGGGCCUCCGGAGGCUUCGGCCGUAUCCCCGCCAUCUCCCCAUCUCACCGCCACGAGGAAGCCCCGGACCCCGAGCCCGCCGACGUGCCCGGAGACGUCAGUGUCCGGUGAUUUUAGAUGCGGUCUUCGCCCGUGGAGAGAACCAGUCCCUCCUUGUCAUCGUUCUCCUCAUCCUUUUCCGCGUCCUCUCGGUCAUCGUGUCUGUCCUCCUCUUGCUCCUCCUCCUCCUCGUGGUUCUCCUUGUCGACCUCCUCCUUGGCAUUUUUCCUCCUCCUGCUUGACGUGUUUUCUCAACCUCCUCGUUGCAUAUUUCGUUCUCUUCUCCUCGCCAUCCUCCUCCUCCUCCUCCUCCCUGUCCUCUUUCUCGUCGUCCCGCUUGUCCUUGCAGUUGUCUU